CACUCACUACUACAUUAUAUACAACCACCGCCUCUCACAAAAUACAACUUAACUCACACACCCCACAAAUCUCAAAUCCAUACCAACCCAACCAAACCACCCACCCAAAAAAUAACACCAAAACCAAUCCAAAAUGUCCGAUCCCACCGCCGAAGCCGUCCCUCCCCCACCAACAACCUCAACCCAAAACCCCGACGCACAAGGCCAAUUCUCCGCCGCCGUGGACGAUCUCCUCGACCAGCUACAACAUAAAUUCGAUGGUGUUUCGAGGGAGAUGUUUGGGAAGUUGGACGAUAUGGCCAGACGGUUGGAUGAGUUAGAGGCUUCGUUUACGGUUGUGGAUGGGACGACUACGUCCGGGGGUGCUGCGGCGUCCGGGACGGGGUCGGGGACGGGGUCUGGGUCAGUGGUGG